CUUUUUCAGUUGUAAAGAUUUCCUUUCUUUCUGAACUUCCUCUAGAUCAGGCUGAGCUGCUACUUUGACCCUGCCAGUGUGAGCUGACUGCUGAUUCGAAACCAAAACCAUCUCUAUCAUUCCUAACUCUAGACAUUGAAAGCUGGGGGUCUCUCUCACCGAUUUUCAGCACCAGUUAGCUCAAGAAAAAUGCCUUCUCGUGCAGAAGUUGCCUACUUUGGGGCAGGGCCAGCUCCUCUACCGACCCCUGUCAUUGAAGCCAGUGCCCGGGCCUUUGUCAAUUUCGAAGACACCGGUCUCUCUCUGGCCGAAAUCUCCCAUCGCUCACCCACGGCGAAUAAAAUCCUCGCCGACGCCAAACAAGCACUGACCACGCUCUACGACAUUCCCGAUGACUACGACAUCUUCUUCAUGCAAGCAGGCGGGACGGGAGAGUUCAGCGCCGCCUGCCAAAACCUGGUCGGGUGCUGGAUCGAACAACGGCGGAGGAAGGCCGUCGCGGAUCUCGGCGAGGGCAAGGACGACGAGGUCCUCGCUCGCGUGAAGAAGGAGAUCGAGAAUGAGCUCAAGGUCGACUACCUCGUCACGGGUUCCUGGUCGCUCAAGGCGAGCCAGGAGGCCACGAGGCUCCUGGGCGCAAAGUACGUCAAUGUCGCCCUCGACGCCCGCAAGAGCGACGGCAACAACAAAUUCGGCAAGAUCCCGGCCGAGACGGACUGGAAGUUGACCCCCAAGGGAAGUGCUCUGACGUACAUGUGCGACAAUGAGACCGUGGACGGUGUCGAAUUCCCGAGCUUCCCCAAGUCCCUGGAGGAGAACGACAGGAUAGUGGUGGCGGACAUGUCGAGCAAUUUCAUGAGUAAGAAGCUCGACGUGUCCAAGUAUGGAGUGAUCUUUGGCGGUGCCCAGAAGAAUCUCGGCAUCACCGGUAUCACGGUGGUGAUUAUUCGAAAAUCACUCCUCGGCCUCGUCCCACCGCCGACGUUCUUGCAUCAACUUUCAGACGUGCUUCCCACCUCGGGAGCGUUGCCUCCCAUCAUGUUCUCGUUCUCCACCAUCGCGGCGAACAACAGUCUCUACAACACCCUGCCGGUCUUCAAUCUGUACGUGGCCACGCUAGUGCUGCAGAGUUUGGUGACGAAAUUCAAGACGGUCUCAGGCCAGGAAGAGGUCGCCGACCAAAAGGCCAAGCUGAUCUACGACACGCUCGACUCCUACCCAGACCUCUACCACGUUGUGCCCGACAAGAACGUGCGGAGCCGCAUGAACAUCUGCGUCCGUAUCAUCGCAGGCAAGUCGGAAGGCAAAGUAACGCCGGACGACGCAAAAGAAAAGGCAUUCCUGGCCGGUGCCGAGAAGCGGAAUCUGCUGGGACUCAAGGGUCAUCGAUCAGUCGGUGGUAUCAGAAUCAGCAAUUACAAUGCUGUGCCCGUUGAGAACGUGCAGAAGCUGGUGGAGUGGCUGAAUGAGUUUGCAAAGUCUGGGUAAUUCAUAGCAGCCAAAGGCAACAUUGAUCGCUGUCAGGUUAUAUUAGACUACGAAGAAGAAAUGAGAACAGGUAGAUAGACGAAAAGUACUUACGGAUUAUGCGUUUG